ACGAAAACACUACACCACAGUAAUGAAUUAAUUUACUUCGGCCGUAGAUUAAAAUGUUUAUUCUUGUGUGUAUGUCGGCAUAAACUUCAGCACUGGUCAGUAUUUCGUCGUCCAUAAGAUUCUGUAAAUUUUUUUCAAGUUUUAGUGUCAGUGAUCCGUGAUCUGUUGUAUAACCCGGAGAACAGCAACUUCAAUGGAAAGCAGUCUGAGUGGCAUCCAUUUUACUUAUAUUGGGAAUAGAGUUUGAGCACGUGUGUUGAAAAGGAGGUAGUAAUUGUUCACUGACUGAUUAACAUUUAAAGAUUUUCGUGCUAGGAUAGGUGGGAAAUAACAAUAUAGUGUUGAACGGAUUUGUAAGUGCAGGAAAUUAAAAUGAAUCAAGAAAAGUUAAAGAAACUACAAGCACAGGUGCGGAUUGGAGGGAAAGGAACACCACGUAGGAAGAAGAAGGUCGUUCAUGCUACUGCAGCUACUGACGACAAGAAACUGCAAAGUUCUUUGAAAAAGCUCUCAGUAAAUACAAUCCCAGGAAUUGAAGAGGUUAAUAUGAUAAAGGAUGAUGGCACUGUAAUCCAUUUUAACAACCCAAAAGCCCAAGCCUCCCUAGCAGCAAAUACAUUUGCCAUUACUGGUCAUGGGGAGAACAAACAAAUUACAGAAAUGUUGCCAGGAAUUUUGAGUCAGCUAGGACCAGAAGGAUUAACACAACUGAAACGUCUUGCUUCUAGUGUGGCAAAUAGUGCCACUGGUGGGAAAGCAAAUAUUGAAGAAGAUGACGAGGUUCCAGAACUUGUGGAGAACUUCGAUGAAGCCAGCAAGGAAGAAAUCCCCGUUAAUGUUGCAGAGAAAGACCACAAAGGGAAGGGCAAAGAAAAUGAUUUGGUAUCAGCUGGUUCUGGUGAAGAGGCAAAAGGGGAAGGACUGAAGGAAGCUGUACCAUCAUCAGACUCAAAGGAUAAACACAGCAACUAGAGAACCCUGUUUUCAACACCGUACGUACCAUGAAGAGUAGCUGUAGCCGAGAAUCUCCCCAGCCUUUGUCCUCGUGGACUGUCUCGAUGUCAUGCUGCAACACCUUGAGAUCAGAUUGCUGUAUGUGAAUUUCCUAGAAUUCAAACACAAAUAAAGUUGGAUGGUUUGAGCUCAUCUGAAAUGUAUCUUAGGUUACAUAUGUUAACAAAUAUUUUCCUCUUUUUUUAAAUAAAAAUUUAUGUCUUUGUACAAGGCACCUAUUGUUUUAUGGUAUUUAUACAUUUGUUAAAUGGAUUUUUCUAAAUAGCACUCCUGUUAAGUAAACUUGCUUGUUAUGUGUCAUGCAAACUUCAAGGAAGAAGUAUCCAACGCUUCUGCCAGGGUGGACGUUCAACAAAAACACUUUGCUGUAUUUUCUUGUUCUUUUUCUUUGGGGGGGGCUGUUCUGAACAUAAUAGCCUUUUGCAGAGCAGUUGGCAUAAGUUGUGCCAAGUUUGAAUUUUUCUUAUUUGUUGAUCAGUCAGAAUAAAAAUUUAAAGUAGAAUUGUUUUAUUCUGUAUAAAAUAUUGUAACACCUUUACACUUCUCUCAUAUAAGGUUGCCAACCUUCUCACUUUCCCAAUAUUAUUACCUAUUCUCAUGUUUCUCCCAGUAACAGUGUGUGAGCAUUGUGUUCUGUGCUGAGUUAUUUUGGCCAGUUUAGAAUAAAGACCUGUCAAAGA